AAAUAGAAACACCACAAUGCUGGCCAAUUUCCACUGAUUCUAGAAUCAGCAUCUCCAGCGCUGCUUUUGCCUUCGUCAUGGGCCUACUCACUUUCCUCGGCCUCCGCCGGGAGAACCAGUGGGAGCGCCUCACACUCCUCGACCAGCUGCUCCUCUCACCACUGACUUUCAUCACCAUCAAGCUCUAUCACAUCUUACUCUUCCUCCGAGGCAAGCCGUUUGUUCCCCCUCGCGGCAAGCCAGCUAUUCGAGUCGUCUGUAUAUCCGACACCCACGACCAAGUGGUCAAUAUCCCAGCCGGCGACAUUCUCAUUCACGCAGGCGACCUGACCAACUCUGGGACCGCUUCCGACAUCCAAAAGCAGCUCGACUGGCUGAAGAGCCAACCCCAUCAAGUGAAGAUUGUUGUCUGUGGAAAUCAUGACAGCUGGUUUGACUCGCGGAGCCGCCUUGACCCAGACAUCAAGGCUGGUGCUGUGGUGAACCUGGACGGACUGCAUUAUCUCGAAAGCGGCUUGACUGUGCAAGAGAUUCACGGGCGUAAGCUCACCAUCUUUGGCGUGCCUGACAUUCCAGAAUGUGGACCGGAGAGUUUUGCGUUUCAGUAUCCGCCUACCAACUCCCCGUGGUUUAGCAGAAUCCCUCCACAGACCGACAUUCUAGUGACUCAUUGUCCUCCGAAACAUCACCUGGAUCUCGGUCUCGGCGACCCUCAUCUUCUUCAAGAGCUCUGGCGUGUCAAGCCACGACUCCACGUUUUUGGCCACGUUCACUGGGGUUACGGCAAGGAAUCUGUCUUCUUUGACGAAAUGCAACUUGCCUACGAGCGGCUGCUCUCUCGGCCUCCCCGCGGCUUCUUCUGGGACUUUAUUCCAAACGCCGCUUGGUGGGAUCACUUCUACGUACUGCUGCAUGGAGUCCAUGCCGUGUUAUGGAAAUGGAUCAUGGGAGGCCCAGGAAGCAACACUGGUGGCCUUCUCGUGAACGCUGCACAGAUGUAUGGAAGCACUGGCAAGGUGAAGAAUAGGGCUGUGGUCGUAGAUAUUUAGCCUUUUUUUGUGAUAUGAAGCCUGAAAACAGAUAUAUGAAAAAAUGAUGACAAUAUGAUGAAGAUGGGUAGGGGGAUAUGAUGCAAAUACUACUAUUAAAAAUCUGUCAAUU